ACAUCUGUAACAGUAGGUCUGUUACAUCACAUCUGUUACAUCACAUCUGUUACAUCACAUCUGUUACAUCACGUCUGUUACAUCACGUCUGUUACAUCACAUCUGUUACAUCACGUCUGUGACAUCAGCAUGGCGUCCCCGAAGUCUGUCUCUCUCUCGAACCCACCACCAUCUAAACUGCGCCGCACCAAGAGCAAGAAGAAACACUUUGUUCAUCAGAAGGUGGAGGUGUUCAGGGCCAGCGAUCCUGUGAUGAGUGUCUUCAUGUGGGGCAUCAAUCACACGGUCACUGAUAUGCUUCAUGUUCCUGCACCGGUGAUGCUGCUGCCAGACGACUUUAAAGCCAACAGCAAGAUCAAAGUCAACUACCACCUGUUCAACAAAGAAAAUCUCCCCGGACACUUUAAGUUUAAAGAGUACUGCCCGCAGGUUUUCCGUAACCUCCGAGAGAGAUUUGGGAUCGAGGAUCAGGACUAUCAGAUGUCUUUAGGGCGCAGUUCCCCACUCAAGGACAACGAGGUUCAGGACGAACACCUCCUCCUCACCUCGUACGACCGAUUGUUAAUAAUCAAACAGAUUUCUAGUGAGGAAGUGGAGGACAUGCACAACAUCCUGUCUGAAUAUCACCAGCACAUUGUUAAGAGUCACGGCAUCACGCUCCUUCCUCAGUUCCUCGGCAUGUACCGUGUUACUGUCAAUAACGAGGACACGUACUUCAUCAUCAUGAGGAACGUGUUCAGUCACCGACUGACCAUCCACACUAAAUAUGACCUCAAGGGCUCUUUGGUGUCUCGUGAAGCAAGUGAUAAAGAGAAGGAGAAAGAUCUGCCCACCUUCAAGGACAUGGACUUCAGGAACAACAUGCAGCGGCUUUACAUCAGCAAUGAGGAGAAGGAGAAGCUCAUGGAGAAACUGAACCGUGACGUAGACUUUCUCGUGAGGUUAAAACUCAUGGACUACAGUCUGUUGUUGGGGAUACAUGACAUGGACAGAGGAGAGCGAGAGGAGGAUGAGGAUGAAGAUUCAGCGUGUGAGGAGGAGGAUGGGCAGGAAAACGGCAUGUCCAUGUUAGCAUCAGCAUCUCCCAGCACCUCACCCUCGGGUGGGGCCGGAUCAGUUCCCACCAGGAAGACUACCCCAGUGACAGAGUUUGAUCCGUGUGUAGAUGUUUAUGGAAUCCAAAGUGCAGCUGUUUGUGCAGCUGAUUGUGGAGGCAUACAACACAUUUCUCUGUUCUCUUCAGGAGCUCCACAAAGAGAAGUUUACUUCAUGGGGCUGAUAAACAUCCUGACUCAUUAUGACACCAAGAAAAAAGCAGCACAUGCGGCAAAGACCGUCAAGCAUGGAUCGGGAGCCGAAAUCUCUACAGUUCAUCCAGAGCAGUAUGGCAAGAGAUUCCUGGAGUUUAUCACCAACAUCUUCACUCACUGAGUUCCGUAUAAGUGCACAGGCACAGAAGGAGGGAGAGAGAGACAGAGAAGGAGAGAGAGUUUACAGCUGCAGUGUGUGACUCAGCACUACAGAGCUGGGAGUUAAACUCACAACAUUCUGCUCACUACAAAUAAACACUAAACAUUCAUUCAUUCAUUUAUUAUUCAAAAUGCUGGAAAUGAAAGUAAAACCACUGGGAAAUUCUUUUCUGUUCGCUGUUUCACCUUCUUGCACUUUGUACUUUAAUGUGAAAUUAUAUAAGAUUAUUAAAAAAAACGGUCAGAUUUAAUAUUAAACUCCUUUCAAA